UAGAUAAUAUAAACAGCUGCGCCAGACAAAGCAGUUCAUGAGCUUUCAGACUUUGACCUCCACACCAGAUUUCAAUUGCGACUUCAUCUUUUGUGCUCAGGUGUGCUCAUUGAUUCCAAGGGAAACGAUGAUUUCGUUCAGGAAUGUAUGCCUUUGUGCACUUCUGGGCGCUACAAUGGUGGCCCAACUGAUCUCAGGCUGUGACAACUCCUGCAGAACGUGCACUGGAAGUAUUAUGAGUGAGUCAUUCUCGGUGAAAAACUUCCUGCCAGACGGUGAUUCCAACCUCUACAUGGAAUGUUCAUGCCUUAGUCGAUGCGGGAAGCUCACUGUCAAAGCUCCCGUUGAUAUCAAAGAAUGUCACAGUGUUGAAACCUCGACUCGAUUUUGUGGACCUACACCCGAAUAUGAGGAAUAUGACGAAUCUCAGUUGGAUGCUUACCGCACCGAGCAGAUGCUUUGUGAAUUCAUUUGGACACGUCCCAAUUCUGAAACAAUCUACCGCACGCCUGUGAUGGUCUGGACUCGUGAAGGGCCCAAGAGAACUUUCUACAAGGUCGACGCUUCCGGCUUCUGGUUUUCCAAUGGCGCAGAUGCCCAGUGGAAUUUAAUGCUCGGUUGGACGCGGUCGAACUAUAUUUCAUCGGAAGUUCCGCUGAAGGGUGCAGGAAAUAGCGUAUUUGAGACCUUCGGCAACGAGCACUGCCGCAGAUAGGACCAUGUAUGCUAGAGCCAUCGGUGCUGCUCGUAUCUGUAGCUAAUCGCCUGUUUUAGGAUGACAGCACCGAGGCAAGUUAGCAGUAGGACCAUGAUCAGGUCCCACAUGUUGUCUAUCAACACAUCUUGUUGGAUGAUGAUAUCGUCCAGUUUCAGUCUCUGCAGUCUGCACUGAUCUGGAACCCCUUGUACUUGAAAACGGUUGAAAUAUCACAGCUGCCUCUGCUGUAUACAUCUAAUCCCUGUGAUUCCUGGAAAUGCAAUGCGUACUUGCUUGAAUAUCACAAC